AUGAACGCUAAAGAAAGCCGGCCUCCCGUGCCUGCACACCAAGGUUCUCUGCCUCAAAGCAGCUGGCGAAGCAACCGUCUGCACCCCAAAGAAGAUCAGUGGAACCGUGCAAGGCAAGAAGGCGAUGGCUUCAGCCAGCGCAAACAGCUUUUGGAGCAGCUUCCUCACGCGGUAUCUAGCAUUCGAAUAGCAUCUGAUAACCAUGGGGGCAGCAUUUAUGCUGUUGUUGAUUUCACGCAUGAGCUGUUGGCAGACUUAGCCCUUCGGCUCCUUGGGAAGACUGUCCUUCUGCCGGGAACUUCGUCCAAAGUGCGGCUUUCUUUGCACGAGACAUGGAGUACCCCGCUUGUUAUUGAUCAGUAUCACAUCUACGUUUCUGGCUUGCAACCAGGCGCCACCGCUGCUCAAGUCGAGGAGCUCGUUACUUCAGCAACAGGAAUAGCCCCGACACAUGUGAAGAUGUCAGCGGUGGCGGGAAUCCCUUCCAGAAGAGGAAUGCAGGAGUAUGCAUUUCUUCGAUAUUCCGACGAAAAGACAUCAGACGAGGUGUUGAAGAAGCUGCAGGUGCCGAUCUGCCUAGUCCGCCAAAUCUUAUCGUUCGUAAGUCCUAGGGAGCCGCUUACUCAUGCGGCUAAUUGCAGCAUUUUCAUUGCAAACUUGCCUCCUCUGACGAACGGCGAAGAGCUUCGAGAGAUUUGUUCAUACUUUGACGUAGUCAGAGCCGCUGAAGUUCACCCAACAAGGAACUUCGGCUUUGUUCGUUUGGCUUCACAUGAAGCAGCUCUGGCCGCAAUCACCCAUCUUCAUGGAAUGCAGCUUCACGGGAGGACACUCGCCUGUGCUUGGAGCUCAAGGAUCCCGGCUGCUAAUGAGGAAGAGGCCAUUAAUCAUCGAUGGGAGCAAGAAGACGAAGCAUACGCUGUAAUGUCAGCGCAGUGCAUGGACUUUGAAGCCGAGCAAACUUUGCUACUGCCACAAGAAUGCAAGGAAUCGGACUUACAUGCAAUGAGCCCCAGGCAGUCCGCAAAACGCUCAGCUGCUCAGGCCUUAAGCGACGCUUUUUGGCUGUCUAUAUUGGCUGAAAAUGGCCCCGUGAACAUAAGUACCAUUUGCUCCCAGAUGAAACGGCGUCAAACAGAAGUGCAGGAGCAUUUGAAGCGCUGGCACGAACAGGAGUGGGAAGAAGAAGAUUUGAAGUCCAACGGCGAGUUGCCCGACCCUCCUAGACAAUAG